CGCCUCGCGCCCGCCUCCCCCGCCUCGCGCCCGCCUCCCCCGCCUCGCGCCCGCCUCCCCCGCCUCGCGCUGCCGAGUGACCCAGCGCCUCAGCCCCGCUGUCAUUUCCGGGGGGGGGGGGGUGGUGGGGGAGGCCGCGCCGCGGGAGCAGGUCCGUGGAGCCACCUCCGGCAGAAGGGGACUCCUGCAGGGAACGAUGGCGUCUCCUCGCUGACCCCUGCCAGACCUGCUCUCCUGGGUGAGCGAGAGAGCAGGUCGGGACGGAAGGUCGGAGGCCACCAUGAAGCUCAAGCAGCGGGUCGUGCUCUUGGCGAUUCUCCUGGUCAUCUUCAUCUUCACCAAAGUGUUCCUGAUCGACAACCUGGACGCGUCCGCCGCCAACCGGGAGGACCAGAGGGCCUUCCAGCGGAUGAUGGCAGGCCUGCGGGUGGAGCUGGCCCCCAAGCUCGACCACACCUUGCAGUCCCCCUGGGAGAUCGCCGCCCAGUGGGUCGUGCCCCGGGAGGUGUACCCCGAGGAGACGCCAGAGCUGGGGGCCAUCAUGCACGCCAUGGCCACCAAGAAAAUCAUUAAGGCCGAUGUGGGCUACAAAGGGACGCAGCUGAAGGCCCUGUUGAUCCUUGAAGGUGGGCAGAAGGUGGUUUUUAAACCAAAGCGGUACAGCCGGGACUAUGUGGUGGAGGGGGAGCCUUACGCGGGCUACGACAGACACAACGCCGAGGUCGCGGCCUUCCACUUGGACAGGAUUCUGGGUUUCCGCCGUGCCCCCCUGGUGGUCGGCCGAUUUGUUGAUCUCCGGACAGAGGUGAAGCCGGUCGCCACUGAGCAGCUCCUGAGCACUUUCCUGACUGUGGGCAACAACACCUGCUUCUACGGGAAGUGCUACUACUGCCGCGAGACCGAGCCGGCCUGCGCGGACGGCGACACCAUGGAGGGCUCCGUCACGCUCUGGCUCCCCGACGUGUGGCCCCUGCAGAAGCACCGGCACCCCUGGGGUCGGACCUACCGCGAGGGCAAGCUGGCCAGGUGGGAAUACGACGAGAGCUACUGCGAUGCGGUGAAGAAGACAUCACCCUACAACUCGGGCCCGCGCCUCCUGGACAUCAUCGACACGGCCGUCUUCGACUACCUGAUCGGCAACGCCGACCGCCAUCACUACGAGAGCUUCCAGGACGACGAGGGCGCCAGCAUGCUCAUCCUGCUGGACAACGCCAAAAGCUUCGGGAACCCCGCGCUGGACGAGAGAAGCAUCCUCGCCCCUCUCUACCAGUGCUGCAUCAUCCGGGUCUCCACGUGGAACCGCCUCAACUACCUGAAGAACGGGGUGCUGAAGACGGCCUUCAAGUCCGCCAUGGCCCACGACCCCAUCGCGCCCGUGCUCUCGGACGCGCACCUGGACGCCCUGGAGCAGCGGCUGCGGGGCGUGCUGGCCACCGUGAAGCAGUGCACCGACCAGUUCGGGCUGGACACGGUGCUGGUGGAGGACCGGAUGCCGCUGUCGCACUUGUAGCCACCACGCACGCGGGCGGUGCCGCUUUCCCAGGGAGAGACACAGCACAGUCCCCGCCCCCGCGGCCCGGCACAGCUCCGGGCACGGGCACGGGCGCCCGGCCUUUCUUGGGUGUUUCCUACAGCAGCAGCUCAAGCGGAGACACCGCGUCGCAGACGACGGUCACCUUCCUGCUGAGAUGCCCGCCCCCUCAGCCCGGGCGCCUUCCGGAGUGGACCUCGCAGAGGGUCAUGCCAAAGGACAGACUGAGGGGGCGGCCCGGGGCGUGUGUGGACUCAGCCUUCCCGUCCCUUCUCCACGCCCGUGGACCUUCCGGGAAUUUUCUGGGCACCUUCUGCCGUCUCUUAAGUCCUCCACAGAGACCCGACGUGCGGGACAGGUGACAGCCGCCAUCGGGGCGGGAGGGGGCUUGCGUAGGCUCGAAGGACAGGGGCAGGAAAUACACUGGGCUUCUCUGUGACUCGGUGUUCUCAGCAUCGGGGCCAGGCGGGCUCUGCCGCCCCGGCCCGUGCGCAGUGGGGGCAGGCGGGGUGUGGCCGCUUGGGCCCUCGGGAACCAAGCAGCUGUCUCGGGCCCUGCCCUGCGAGUCCCGGGGUGCCCGAGCGCACGACGGCGUCUUCCGAGGAGCCAGUGCCCGCGCCCGCCACCACGCGCCCCGCCACCUCCUCUGCCUUUCGGCCACGUGCCCUGGCUCCUGCUGCCGUCUCCAGAGGUGGCCGUCCCAGGUGUGCCUUUCUCGCAGGAAACGCCAGCCGGCUCCGACAGGUGGCAGGGCCCGGCUUGCUGGUGGCCAGACCUUAGCCGGGGAGCGUGCCCCGCGGAAGCCGAGAAGGAGCCAAGGUGGAGUCUCUGAGCCUUAAAAGGAGGGAGGGGGCCGGGAGGAGCCGGGGGUGGGCUGGAGUCUCGUCAGACCCUCAGCUCUUGAUUCCGUUUGGGGUGGCACCCUGAGCCCGUCUGUAGAACAUUCUGUGUCUCUUCCUGCCAUCGCCCAUCCGUGCUGUGCAAACACGGGCCCACUCCCGUGUCUGGUGGGGGAGCUGGUCCCGAGCCGGGGCAGUCUCGCUGUCACUGCCUCUCCCGGUGGCCUGCUGUGCCCCCCGGUCUCGGGUCACACGGAGACCCUGAAUUGAAGGGGCUGGGUGCAACUGCCCUUUCAAAAUUGGUCCUAAGUUUUCACCCUGACUUUCUCGAAUUGCGAGAUGACCGUGACAAUGGCAAAAUGGGAAGAAAUUAGGAUUCGUCCCUUUGAGACCCAAACCAGAACUGUAUGGGCUAUUGGAAAGAGAUUGACUUUCAGAAGCUAGAUCUUGGCGGAAGGUCCUAGAAGACGGCUCAAAAGGCUGCAUUCAGGCUUGUCAUACGGGGGUGGGGGGCUGGGUUGAGUUCCCGGAGCCACGUAGUCUGGGCACACCCAGAGUGUGACCCCAGAACUGUAGGCACCACUGAGCGUGGCCCCAAACAUCACAUGGGGCAGCGGGAAGCAGUUGCCCGAGCAACUGUGUGGUCCCAGGGUCAGUGAGAGCUCCAGGCGGAAGGCAGUGCCAGGUUCCACUCAGCCAGAGGAACGGGGUCACCGUGUGUGUGUGUAUGUAUGUGUGUGUAUGUGUAUGGGUGGGUGGUGGUGGUGGUGGUGGUGGUGUGUGGUUGUUCCACUUAGAGUAACUGGGUCACAGCGUGUGUGUGUGUGGGGGGGUGUGUGUGUGUGUGGGUGUAGUGGGUGCCACAGGGCAGCCAGUGAGAAACGUUCCUGGGGGCCCGAUGCCUCGGGUUGGCAUAGGACAUUCGCCCAGAGAAGUGCAGGAGAGGAAGUGCCCUGGCGGUUUUUGCCCAUUUCCCAGAUGCAACAGGAAAGGUGACGUUUGGCUUGGGUCUGAAUCUCAAACUUAACGGUCUCACUGUUGAGCGGGUAGUGGUUGAGAUUAGGACUCCCGGAGAGGAGUGGCGCGAGUAUCCCAAGUCAGAUGGAAGCGUCUUGAACUCAUGUUCUGUGUUCAGAAUCUCGGGAUGGCGAAGUCCCAGGCAUGACGUCUGGUUUAGAAAAGCAAGAGCGUCCCUUUCUCCGAGUCCAGGGUCCACACAGUGCUCUCAGCAUGCCGGGCUGACAGCUGGAGGUGGGAAAGGGAAUAGACUUUCAUACCAAACCAGGAAAACCAGAGCCACCCCCCCGUUUUUCCUCCUGUUCCCCCUCCUUAGCUUGGUCUGUUUCCAGGUGGGAGUGAGGAAGUGAGGCAUUGAGGAUUUGUUCUAAAAUUGCUCUCCAAAAUAAGCUAUCUUGUGAGUUGUAAAUAUUUCUUCUUUUUGUGCAGAAACACAGUAAGAGACAGGAUCUGAUUUGCUCCGAAUAUUAUAUAUUCGAUUCUAUCUUAAUAAGGCAUUUAUCCCUGUUUGCACUCAGGAUUAAUAACGUCCGAUGAAAUUUUAAGGAGGGAAUGAAUGAAAGAAUUCAGGUCAAGUCAUUGCAUGUUAUUUUUGGGAAGGAUGAACCCUGGACAUGGCAGAUUUUCAGUGUCACUCGAAGGCCUCGUGCGUCCCUGCAGAGAACCCACCUCCUCUGAUUUUUGGUUUUGGGGGCACACGAGAUGGUGCUCAGGGGCUGUUACCAGCCCUGUGCUCCAAGCUUGCUCCUGGUGGUGCUCGGGGUAAGAGCCAGGCCUCGUGCCUGCAGAGCUUGCACUCUGGGCUGCUGAAAUCUCUCCAACCCCACUUUUCUUUAAGAAAAAAAAAAAAAUCAGGGCUGGAGAGAUGGUGCAGGGGUUGAGGCAUUUGCCUCGCAUGCAGACAGUGCCAGAUUGGUGGUGUCGCUCAUGGUCCCCGAGAAAACCACCAGGAGUGAUGAGCAAUCCCUGACCGCAUCGCGAGCCCCGAGCGCUGCCUGGUGUGGCAUCGAACAAACUGAAGGACACUUUUAGCCUUCUGUGCCCACCCGCCGUCUCCCUCCCACCUCUCCUUUCAGCAUAGGGAGGCAGUGGCGGAGACCAGAGGGUGUGACACGGGACCUUGCAGCUCAGGCUCCACGCUAGCACGCCAACCUGGGUGGAGUGGGAAUCGGGGCCCUCCAGUGACUGCUCAGUGCCCCAGAACCGCCUUGCCACCCUGGGGGGGCCCAGCCGGUGCCACAUCAAGGACACCCCAAGACUUGGCUUUGGGAGGGCCUCCCCUUGUGCUGCGCCAGGUAGGACGGCUGCUCUGGUGGCGGUUUCUGCGGGAGGGGUGUGAGGAUGCAAAACUUG